UCCCUCCAUUCUUCCUCUGCCCUGCUAAUGUCCUUCCUCUCAUCACAUACUCCAUGCAACACAAUCCUUAUCCCAAUCAAGCUGCAAUGCCAGUACAAUGUAGUCAGCUGAGACAGUGUAGCUGUAUUAGUCAGCUCUGAAGGAGAAUAAUAUCUGAUAAAUUAGCAAUUUUUCAGUCUUGUUUAUGUGACUAUCAGUCACUCAGCACUUCAAUUAUAUUAGAAGUGUUACCUUUACUCUGUCAUUUAUCUAUAUGGGAAAUUAUAUUUACUUCUGGUAUUGUGGCCAUGAGUUGCACAAUUCACCCUAAAAUCACUUAUUGUCAACCACAAAUACUGUUAGGGAGCAUAUGUGUUAUCUUUACUUAUGUCUGUAAUGGUCUACUGCUUAAAUUUCUUGAAGUGAUUUGCAUCCUAGAAAACUAUGAGAAAGUCUAAAUUUUGUGCAUUUUUUCAUUUAACCCUGUAGAACCUCUGCCUCAUACAUAUAUAUGUGACUUCUGCUUUCAUAUUACCAGGCAAUGUCCCUUGCUAUGACCAGAUACGGCUGUUCCUGAGCAGAUCAAUGCCGCUGAAAAGCUUUCACCUGACGACUGGUAUUGACAAGGGUCCGCAGCAGCACCGCCACACUGCCCUUGUGUUGCGGCUUUUGCAGAAAUGGUACCAUUUCUCACUGGAGGGCCUGACACUGCACCUCUUCCGGAACCGAGAAGCAAUGGGUGGUGUGCUGGCGGAGGCCAUGGCUUCUUUCCCUCGACUGGCCUGCCUCGAGUUCAAUGGUUGCCUGAGGCAGGCACCGAGGCGGUACCUGCGACUUCUCUGCCGGCUUGCCUGCAGUGUCCGAUGCGAUUGUCUGCGUCGCAUGAGCAUCGCCAUUCAGGAAUCUCUUCCACAUGACGAGAAGCUCACAUCCAUAAUUGAUGAUCUUCAGCAAGAGUUUGAGCCACGCUGCAAGGAGAGAGGUGUAAAACUGACCCUAAGUUUAAGCAACAUGUAGUUUCGACCCACCUGUGAAACCGUUUUGGUUCUGGAAUACGUUUGUCAUUCAUUGUCUUUUUUGAAGUUGUAACAAAUAAAAUAUUGUGGCCUAUGCCUUUAUUGGGAAA